AUGGCCUCUGCCGUUCGAGAAAUUCUCAAGAGAGAAGCAUCGUCCAUCUCUUUCCCUUGCCUUUGUUCCCUCUUCCUCCCUCCUCCUGCUGACCCGACCCGACCUACCAACCCGCCUUCCCCACCGCAGCAGCUCGGAAUCUCCCCUCGCCGUCCGCCCGCCCCACGGCCGCCGCCGCGCCGUGCCUCGCCGCCGACGCCCCCGUCCCGUGCCGCCUCCUCCAAGCACCCCCGGCCCGGCCCCUCACGGCGCGUCCCCGCCGUCCCCCCCUUUCGCUCGUCGGGGCGCCGCGUUCCUGCUGCCUCCGCCCCGUCAGCGGUCCCCGGCCGCCGGUUUCCGAGGCUUUUGAGGGAUUAUAGCCGCAGAAGAAACCUGGCGGGUGGUAUGAGCGCCGAGGCAGGCAACGGGAAGGAUGGCUCCCAUGGCAGCGUGCGAUGCGCUGGCAGCGACCCGCAGUUGAGACAGAUGCUUGAUUCCCUCAAAUCCUCCAAGUCUUCAGCCGUGAUCAACUAUGGCGCCUCAUGGUGCGGUGUUUGCAAUCAGAUUCUUCCACCCUUCUACAAAUUCAGCAACGAAUUCAAGAAUCUUACUUUCGUCUAUGCCCAUGUUGAUGAAUGCCCCGAAACAACUCAGAACAUACGAUACACCCCGACCUUCCAUUUUUACCGGGAUGGAGAAAGGGUGGAUGAGAUGUUUGGUGCAGGGAGGGGGCAUUAG